CCUUCUUCCCUAAUUUCUUGAACCAUCACCAAAAUUCAUCACCUGUGUUUGUCGGUUAACUACAACCUUCAUACUCAUCACCAACCAACCUUCUUCCUUCACUGCUACUACUCUCUCUCUCUUUCUCUCUCAUCAUCUUCUUCACUUUCUCUCUCCUCUCUCCUCCAAUGGCGGCCGCUUUGGCCAGUCCACCUUCGUCUCAAACCAUGGUGUCUUCUCCUGCUCUCUCUCCUCCGCGCCACUCGUCGGAAUCUGCUGUCGCCGGAAGUUCCUCCGACCUCUCUGAUCGUAUCACUCGAGCUUCCAGUUUCUCCAGAAAUGCCGAUUCUCAGGCUUUGGAUUUGCUUAAAAGUGAAGAGUAUCGCCAGCUUUUUCGUCUGCCUUCUGAAGAAGUUCUAUUGCAGGAUUUUAAUUGUGCAUUACAAGAAAACAUUCUUCUUCAGGGGCAUAUGUACUUGUUUGAGAACUACAUAUGCUUUUACUCCAACAUAUUUGGAUUUGAAACUAAGAAAAUAAUCUCUCUUCAAGAAGUCACAUCUGUACGAAGAGCAAAAACUGCUGGAAUCUUUCCUAAUGCAAUUGAAAUUGUGGCUGCUGGAAAGAAGCACUUUUUCGCUUCUUUUUUGUCCCGUGAUGAAGCUUUUAAGCUUAUUGAUGAUGGAUGGUCACAUCAGAGUAAUGGUUCUAAAAGGAUAUUAGAUCAACAGGAUUCUAAAUCCGAGAGCAGCUCCCAGGUAAAUGGAGAUAUUCCAGCUGAAAACAUCAACCUCUCUGAUUCCCCUGCGAGUGAUUGUGAUAUAGAUGAGAGGAAUUUGGAGGAGUCUACAUCAGAAUAUACCAAACCUUCUCCAGAUUAUGUGCUUGAUAAUGCUAAGCCAACUUCCUCAGAAGUUCCUCAUGUGAUAGAAGAGAAACAAGAUGAUGCAGGACCUUCUUCUUCUUUGCGGUCUAUCAAUUGGAACCUGGAAACUCAGGAUGCUCCUGAAAUACCUAAAAUUUACACUAAGAUUGCAGAGUCCAAGUUUCCGAUAAAUGUUGAGCAGUUCUUCAAUCUAUUUAUAUCUGACGAAGCUGUUGGUUUUGUUGAAUCUUUCCACAACAAAUGCGGAGAUAAAGAUUUUAGGUGCACUUCAUGGUUGCCUCAUGAUAAGUUUGGAUAUACUCGUGAAAAAAGCUUUCAGCAUCCGGUGAAAAUAUAUUUUGGGGCAAAAUGUGGUGGAUGCAAGGAGACGCAAAAUCUUCAGGUUUACAAGGACAGCCAUCUUGUCAUCAGAACUUCACAGGAAGUGAGUGAUGUUCCUUACGCAGAUUACUUUACUGUUGAGGGAAUAUGGGAUGUUCAGAAAGACAGUGAUGAAUCAGAAAGUUGUAUAUUGCAAGUUUAUAUAAAUGUGUCUUUUUCUAAGAAGACCAUGUGGAAAGGUAAGAUUGAGCAAUCAACUGUGGAAGAGUGUCGAGAAGUUUUUGCAUCCUGGAUAGAACUUGCACAUGAACUAUUAAAGAAGAAGAACAUCGAGAAACCAGAAGAAGGAGCUGUACCUAACACGAUCCAGGAUGGCCAAGGUGAUCAACAAGUCACUGGAGGAUCUGCAGAUCACUCAGAAAGUUUUCAUGGGAAGAGUGAGCCGCAGGGGAUAAUUGAUACUGUAGCUAACUCUUGUAGCACUCGUGAACAAAUUAGAAAUAGCUUACGUGAGAAUCUGCUUCAUGCUACUACAGCAAUAACUUCUACUUCGAGAGAGAUUGCAGUAAAGUUUUGCACUUUUUUGAGAAGUAAAGGCAACCUCCAACCAAUUUUGGUGAUUGCAUUUUCUAUUAUCCUCCUCUUAAUGCAGCUCAGCAUUGUUGUGCUAUUAAGUAGACCGCAGCCAGUGUAUGUAAUUCCUCAAGCAGAUCACACAAGUUCUGCAGGAAUAGGGGUUGGUCAUAGAGCUGCAGAAACAAUGGCUUGGAUGGAAAAACGAGCAAACUUGCUGAAGGAUGAGAUGCUUGCGGUUGAGGCUCAGCUUGAAAGGAUGAGACAUGAACACGUUUUUUUGAAAACACAAUUAAAGGACUUUGAGCGUCUACUUGAGCAGCAAAGAUGACUGCCCCAUGAGCUCUUGUAUAUUCUUUUAUCAAUCCCAUUAAUGGUUUUCAGCCAGUGACUUGAUGUUGGCCGGUGCAGAAAGGAUCUUGUGUGUAUAGGGUUGCAUGGAUGACGCUUGCAAAUUCAGAGACUUGUAACAAGUCCUGUUUGUAGCAUUUUAUAUCCAGUGUCUUCAUAUGUCUUCUAGCUAAUGAAUCUUAUGUUCUUAGUGACCCAGUAGACUAGUUUAAUACAAAGUAUGUAGCAGUGGAAGCUGUAAAUUUAUUAGACUAAACAAUUCAAAGACAGAAAGAUUUGCAGGGAGUUUGUAAAAACUAUACGAGUUGUAAAAUUUGUUUGGAAAGAUUUAGGAGAAAAAUACAAGGUAGGCAUUGGUUUUCGGCUGAUAGUUGUGUGGCAUUAAAUUCAAUGUUACAUUGCAAUCAAAGGAGAUUAGGGUGUUCUUGUAAUGAAUCAUGGUGCAAGAUUCUUAAAGUGAUUGUUCUUCAGUUGUUCUUGUUAUCGUCAUGAUGCAAUAAAUUAUGUAA